CAAACACAGUAGAUGAACAGAAAGAUCCUUAUUUCCUCAGCAUCUGUAAUCUGACAGGACUGUAGGUUAGCUACAAAGACUUUCCCAUGGAACCUAGAGAAGGACUUUCAAGUGAUGUGAAAACAUGCCCUGAUUCAGGCAAUCUGUGGUUUACUUCACCUUGUACCGCUUCCUUUGAAGUCAAUGAGCCACCAACCAGAAAAAAGACUUCCUCAUACUGUGCUUGGACUGCACUCAUCCUCUACCAGCUUUUGUUAACCGCAGGCCUAGGACUGUUGGCAUAUAAAGUGUUUAAAAUGGAGGAGGGUUUGCAUAAACCUCCAGAAGAAGACUACUCAUAUUUGUCAGAGCAUCUAGCCAGCCCUUCCCACAACGAAACAUUCCUGGAGGGGAAAUCUGAUUCCCGGUACCUCAAAAGGGAAAACAAAUUAAUCUACAGUUUAGCCAAAGAAAUCAACAUCAUUAAAGUCAACAAUCAAAACUUAAUGAUGAAGAUGGGCAAUAUCACACGGAUUGCAGGGCCACCUGGGAGCAAAGGAAAUCCGGGUCCUCCAGGUGCCAUAGGGGAAAGAGGACUUCAAGGUGAAAAAGGGAAUUCAGGUCAGAAGGGAGACAUCGGCCAUCAAGGACCAUCUGGAAGCAAAGGAGAACCCGGGCCAAAGGGUGAUGGACUUCCUGGGGCAAAAGGAGAGAAAGGAGAAAAAGGUGUCACAGGAUCUUCUGGCCCAGCUCUGAAAGGGGAACCGGGUUCACCUGGACAACAUGGAAUACCAGGCAUACCAGGAAACACAGGUCCUCCAGGUGAAAAAGGAAACAAAGGAGAAACAGGAAUACAAGGACCUAAGGGGGCACAGGGAAGCCAAGGUGUCCAAGGUUUAAAUGGAUCUCCGGGUGAAAAGGGAACCAAAGGAGAUGCUGGCUUUGCCGGGGCAAAAGGUGAACAAGGCGUGAGAGGAGAUAAAGGAGACAUGGGCCCCGCAGGUCCACAAGGAAGGAAAGGUGAAAUGGGUGAGAAGGGAGACAUGGGGCCAAGUGGACCAAUUGGUGCUCCUGGAAGCAAGGGAAACCCAGGCCAGCCAGGCUCCAGUGGCGGCGCAGGAACACAGGGCCUUCCUGGACAGAAGGGAGAGGCAGGUUUAAAAGGAGAGUCUGGCUCACCAGGACGUCCUGGUUUGGAUGGAGCACAUGGCCAGAAGGGGGAGAAAGGACAACCUGGGCUCCCUGGACUACCAGGCCCUCUAGGACCAAAAGGAACAAAGGGAGAUCAUGGCAUUCAAGGUUUGAAGGGAAUCAGUGGUGAAAAAGGAAGUCAAGGGAGUGUUGGAAGUCCUGGCCCAAAAGGUGAACCAGGAAUUAAAGGAUCCAAAGGAGACACUGGACGCACUGGUCCCCAAGGCCCUAAAGGCGACACCGGUGACAGAGGUAGAACCCAUUCCACUGUCAGAAUCAGUGGAGGAGGUCAUCGGGGCCGCGCUGAAAUCAACCACAAUGGAGAAUGGGGAACAAUAUGCGAUGAUGACUGGGACAUCAAAGAUGCAAAAGCGUUCUGCAGAAUGCUUGGAUAUACCACUGCAGCUGCAGCCUUUACUGCAGCUGGAGGUUCUGGAAAGAUUUGGCUCGAUAACGUGAACUGUAAUGGAUCUGAAAUCUCUCUAUAUGACUGCACUAAACCUGCCUGGGGUGAGCACAACUGCAACCAUGGUGAGGAUGCCGGUGUUGAAUGCAACUAAGAGAAGCACUACAAACUGCACUCUGAUGGAAACCAUCUUUGAUGAUUUUGUGGCAUAUCUAUUAUGGCACAUAGUACAGGCUGGAACGUAAUUCUUGGACUCUGCAUUAUAUCUUGGCUUCUUUACCUGAUAAUAUUUACCAAUGAGGCAUGUAAUUGUUCCAUAAAUUGGUAACAACUGCCUGGCCACAAGAGACUCAGCUGCUACAAAAAAAGCAGAGACAUCAGGAAUAAAAUACUCAGCCAGUGCAUGUACUUCAUAGCUCUCCAAAUAACCUGCCUCAUACUCCAAAAAGCUCAUGUUAUUCCAGAAAAGGAUGGUCACAAGUUAAAGGCCAAAAAUAGGAGUGUAGAGAUAUACCACUGUCCCCAGGUCUACCAGAAACCUCCUUUGUGACCUCAGGCAAAUCAUUUAACCCGUCGCUUACUUCCCCAACCUAGUAAAGGAAUAGUGGCUCUCUGGAGAGAUUACUUUUUAUAAUAUUCAAAAGGACUUCCAGAUCUUCAGAUAUAAGAUGCCACCGAGAAAUAAAGCAGGUGCAUAUACUAGCAAGAGUAACACUCAGGCAGCAAGUGGUUAACAAUUAAGCUUAAGAACUGCAAAUAAUUCUCCCAUCUGUGUACAUAACACACAGCUCCCAUCCUUACUGCAUGUGUUAUACAGAGCCAUGGCUGAGACCGCAACUUUUAUUUCUGAUGACAGCUUUCUCUCAAAGACCUCUAUAAAUAUGAAGCCUAGAACAUGUUGGAUGGCCAGUGAGUUAAGUACACUGCAGCUUGUUUAUAACCACUUUGCUUUAAAGAAAAAUAAGUUUUCAAGAAAUGCUUUCCUUUGCUUAUUGUUAAAACUUGCAAGCAUCUUUCUUCUACGCCAUAAUAUGGAUUAACAUAGAAAGGGAAGCCUCUCCAGGCAGCGUUGUGGAGGUUUGAUUACAAAGGCAGCAUUGAUUCUAAGAAGAGUAAGGGAGAGAACUACAUUUUGUAAUACUAUGUCAUAUAAAUGAAGCUGCUUACACUAUUUACAAUAAAGGAAAUA